GAGUGCUGGCUUCAUUUAAUUAAUUCCCAAUCUGACAAGAACUGCGCUGAAUACCCGACUGAAACAGAGCUCCGCCUGAGUGAGGUCCGCUGGCCCGCCGUCGUCCGGUACUCUUCUUUCUCGUUGGCUCAUCGCUCACUCUGCUGUGAAUCCUUCUCGUCAUUGCUGCGUUUUCUUCUCCACCGUCAUCGCUCCCUGGCGCCGCCGCUUACUCCUCUCGCCGCUGGCCUGCUGCUGCCUCCUUCCCUCCGCCGCGCAGUGCUCACUGCCGACUGUAAUCACUGCUUCUUCCUCGUCGUCCAGGAAAGUUUUUCCUUUUUUUUUUAUAUUUUCCUUCGAUGGAUGAAAGACUUUGGGAUUGCAUUGCUUGCUUGCUGCUCUGUGAUCUAUUUGCAUGCUUUUUGUAAUCUCUUUAAACGUUUACUUUUCACUUUGGUAUUGCUUCUUGAGAGAACUGUGAAUCUGUGAUGUGAUUUCUAACAUUUUGUUAAAAGAGUGAGGUUUUUAUAGUGAGUUAAUAUGAUGACUUUGCCACUUUGGUUUGAGUCUUUGAGAGUUGAAUGGAAUCGAAAUAUGGAAUCAGGUUCUCUUUGUUCAAAAUUUUGGUCCAAAAGCUGUUUUGUUUAAACGAAUGUCAGCGCUCCAUUUAUAGUUCAUUUUUGGCAAUUUGAGAAGCCAGCUCGGCUCGGCUCAGUUCCUCUCAGCUAAGCUCAUAUUCCUAUAUCGCUCUUCAUCGUUUAGUUUCUGCUGCAUCAAUCAAAUAUCCAUCCAUGUUUGCUUCGGUGAGCGACAGCACUAUCCUUGUUUUGCGCCACUGCCGCUUCUUACUUCCACGUCUCACCGUUUCCGUUUCCAUUACCGUUACCGUUACCUCACCGUCUCCUCUCUUAUUCUCUCCGUCUUCCUCCUCUUACUUUCCUCCAACAAUGAACAACAAAAGCAAAAACCCCAAUACCUCUUCCUUCUCCUCCUACGCUCACUCCUCUUCCAGUGGAGGAAGAGGGAGUUCUUUUGAUAUGAGGAACGACAGGGAAAGAACAAGAGGUCGUGGCAGUGGCCGCGGUGGUGGUGGCAGCUCCGGGAAGGAUGAAAUUGAUGCUCUUGGUAGGCUCCUGACGAGGAUUUUGCGUCAUAUGGCAUCUGAAUUGAACUUAGAUAUGCGCAGUGAUGGUUAUGUCAAAGUUCAUGAUCUUCUAAAGCUGAAUAUGAAGACAUUUGCUAAUAUUCCAUUAAGAUCCCACAAUAUUGAUGAUGUUAGGGAGGCCGUUCGAAAGGAUAAUAAGCAGCGCUUCAGCCUUAUAGAAGAGAAUGGGGAGCUACUUAUACGAGUUAACCAAGGCCAUACAAUAACAACUGUUGAAACUGAAAGCUUGUUGAAACCAAUCCUUUCAGCUGAAGAAGUUCCAGUUUGCGUGCACAGAACCUACAGAAAGAACUUGGAUUCAAUUCUAGAAUCCGGCCUCAAGUGCAUGAAGAGAUUGCAUGUUCAUUUCUCUUGUGGUUUACCAACAGAUGGAGAAAUAAUAAGCGGUAUGAGGCGAGAUGUAAAUAUUCUGAUCUUUUUAGAUGUUAGAAAAGCAUUGGAGGAAGGUAUGAAGCUUUUCAUUUCUGACAACAAGGUGAUCUUGACAGAAGGUUUUGAUGGUGUUGUUCCCCCCAAGUAUUUCCAAAAGAUAGAAUCGUGGCCUGGUAGACAACUUAUUCCUCUCCAAAAUAAUUAGUCAUAGUUGUUUAUUACUGGUUUAGGAUUGCAGUGUGUGGAUUACUGCUUGCCUGAUUGGUUGUGUAAACAAUGGCAGUCUUUUCAAUCUUCACCACCAUUAUUUGAACUUUCUUAUUAGAAAUUCAAUUAGUCCAGCUUGAGAAACUGUCAUUGUUUCCUCAGCAUGGAUGCUUUAUACACUUGUUGAAUUUAAAACAAAAUGGUUUUUCGGAAGUCUAACUCAUCCUAUGAAUUGUUAAUAAAGUUUUUCCGAAGUUUCUUUUUGCAUGCUCUAUAUAUUAGAUUAGACCAAGAAAAAUGUCUAAUGUAUGAUUUCAGGUAGGUGGAUGGUCCAUAAACUUUCUAUUUGAAAGCCCUACAUGGUAUUGGUUACC